UCUUUAUGGUUUUCAUGUCUAAACCAAAUGGAGUUGUUGCUUCAUUUAUUUUCCUACUCGUUUUCUCCUCCCUGUUGACACCAAAGAUGGUAGUUUUUGGAUCACGGGCUCAUGAUCAUGAACGUACCUUGAAGAGACCCGAUCCCCUUCGACGGUUGAAGGACUACCAUGGAUUCUAUAACGUCACCAACAAGCAUUACUGGGCCUCGGCGGCAUUUACAGGAGUUCAUGGAUUUGCAAUGGCGGGAGUUUGGACAUUAUUUGGAGUAUGUCUUGGAAUUUUCUUGAUUUUCAAGAACAUAAGCAGCAACGAAUCUUCUUCUUCCUCUUCUUCUUUUACGGACCAUUUGGAUCGUUACUGUUUGUUUUUGUUUACGUUGUUCCUCCUCUUAACGUUGCUCGCCAUAAUGGAAAAACCUCCAUUCACCCUAAACUUUUUUAAGCUGACCAAAGCCAAUUCAGGCCAAAGAGUUGCUGCCAGCUUUGUCAUUGCAGCAAACCAAAGCUCUCUACAAAGAACAAAGAAAUUAAAAAACACUAUUGUAAAUGCUGGAGAGGAUGUUAGCAGAUCCAUCCGAAAACUAAUCACCGCAAUGACAAGAAUGCAAUACCUUCUGCUUCCUUAUGAUCGAAAGACUUCUCAGCAAUUGAAUGUGACAACUCAUAGACUAGGAAAGGAAUCAAGGACCAUUCGAAAUUUUGUUAGAAGACAUGAACAAUCAAUCAAUGUGGCAAUUCAAGCUUCGUACUUUGCGCAUCUUGUGAUUGCCAUUGUCAACUUGCUGUUGUUGAUUGCUGCAUUAGUUCUGCUCCUGUUACAUUGGCACCCCGGACUUAUCUUCAUAAUUCUUUUCUGCUGGAUCUUAACAGCUCUGUGCUGGUUUUUGACUGGCUUUGAUUUUUUCUGUCACACUUUGAUUGAAGAUACUUGUUCAGCUAUUGAAAAUUAUGUGCAAGACCCCCAAAACAACAUUUUAAGCUCAAUAUUACCCUGCAUGAAGUCAAAAAAUUCAGACAAAAUCUUGACUGGAAUUGGCUCCACUAUCCAUGAUUUCAUAGACGAGGUAGUACUAAAUCGAUUAUUGAACUUAAAAAUAACUGAGGUAUAUUCAAGAAUCGGGUUGAAUGAACAAAAUGAUGAUUUAUUCGGCUUUGGGAUGAUAUGUGACCCGUUCUCCGGAGCACCUGACUACAGCUAUGUACCUGAAGAUUGCCCUGAGCAUGCCAUCCCCAUUGGCGACAUACCAGAUAUGCUUUCAAGGUUCACCUGUUACAAAGAAAAUUCUACUCAAAAAUGCUUAAGUGAUGGAAAAUUCCUUCCUGAGGAUACUUACAAUAAGGCAUCGGCUUAUAGCUAUUCUGUCCAGGACAUGCUUAAUGUAUUUCCUGAUCUGCAGAACUUGGCAGAAUGCACCAUGGUAAAAGAUGCAUUCUCUGAGAUUUUCCUGCAUCAAUGCAGGCCAUUCAGGAAAUCGCUACGAUGGCUUUGGGCAUCGAUGCUAUCUCUUUCAGUUUUCAUGGUGUUUUUAGAGUUAACUUGGAUUCUGAAAGCUUACCAAGAAAAGGGAAGAAGCUUUUCUAGAUGUUCAUUAUUCGCUAACCCUAGACAGACAGCAGAAUAG